AUGUUUUGCUCAAACUGUGGCGCUGAGACGGUUCCAACGGCAAACUUUUGUACCAGAUGUGGUCAAGGAUUUGCUUCGACCUCGUCAGCUCAGUCGACAGAGUCAACAAUAUCAGAGGAUGUAAAAGUAUCCAACAAAGCCCCAUACAUAGUAAUAUUCUCAAAAGCAAUUGAAAAGUGGAAGGCAUACCAAAGCCAACUCUACAUAGAAGAAGAAGAGUAUAUGCUGGUCUAUGAAGAUGGGAAGCAAGCCCAAUUUCUGCCAGGAACUGUGGAAUUUUUCAACCUUCUAAGGUAUCAUGAAGAAAUUGGAAAAGAUUACAAGAGAAUUGUUCUUUACCUAUGUACAACAACGGCCAUAAGAGCUGCUGAAAGAAGUCGGCAAGAGGGGUACAGCAGUGGAAGUGAGAAUUCAGAGGAUGAGAAUCAGUUCAGGCCAGGAAAGAAGGCAAAAUCAGAAAUCGACAGAGAUGAAGAGCUAGCAAAGAGCCUUCAGCUAAAAUUUGAUCAGGAAGCAGGCCAGUUUGAUGUUACAAUAGCUGGUGAAGGGAAAUGUGCAGCAAAUCCUACAAGUUAUGGCUGUGAUAGCAUCCAAGAGAAUUCACCCAUGCUUAGUGCUGAAACCAUUGUUGCUGUUGACAAUACAACAACUGUACCCAACUGUCCUGAACAGAAAGUGACACCGUUUACAAGCAGUGAAGACCUAUUAAGAUCUCUUGGGAACUCUGUGGAUGAAUCUGAUCAGUUUUUUCUUGUUGUCAGGAGAGGGUCAUCUUUCCAGAGGCAAGUUAAGAUUUGGCAGCGCGAGUCAAAGAGAAGCUCUCCUGAAAAGGUCCUGAGGGUUCACUUUGCAGGGGAAGAUGGCAUUGACUCUGGUGCUAUGGCACAAGAAUUUCUAGCAUGUGCAACGCAUGAAAUUGGAAAGCAAUUUUUCCCUGGUGGUGUUCCUGUAGAUUCUAUGUUGCAUGUUCAUGAUGGUUUUUUUCUUGCAUGUGGGCAAAUUGUAGCAGUGAGCCUUGUCCAAGGAGGACCUCCUCCUCGUUUUCUAACUGAGGGCUCAUUUCAGUUGCUGGUCAAUCCCAAUAUUGAUAUGAAUGAAUUGAAGGAAGACUUCCACUUGACCUCUGAUGAAAAAUCAUUGUUAGAAAGUAUCAGAGAAGAUCCAGCUCGCUAUCAGGAUACCAUUUUCGAGCAUGGAUACACAGGCGUCAUUGAUGCAGAUCACAUAAAUGACAUAACUGGUACAGUAAUGGUUAGUCUUCUCAGUAGAAGGGCCUUGUUUCUAAAGGAGUUUGGAAAAGGUCUUGAGCUCUUUGGUUUAGCGAGUCUAGUGAAGGGGAAUGCUGAUCUUUGUAAGCCGCUCUUUGUGAAAGAUACUAAGGCAAACAUUGUUGAUGCAAACUACAUCGUUUCAGUGUUGAAGCCUAUGUAUUCACUAGAAGGAACCUCUAGGAGAAUAACCGAGGAAGCGGUCAUUGAUAAUUUCCAAGAUUUUCUAAUGAGGCUUGAGGAUGAAAAGCUUACACCAGCAGGCGUGUUAGGAUGGCUCACUGGUCAACAGCAUAGGCCAGUUAAUGGUGAUGACCUUGCCAUAACUGUUCUGUUUGAUCACGAAUGUGUGCAGAGAAAUCCGCUUCAUAGGGUAUGUUUCCCUGUUGUCUCCGCCUGUGGGAAAACUGUGACAUUUUCAGUCAGUCAUAUGGAAAAGGCUGAAGAGUUUGCACGCAUCUUUCUAAUGGCGUAUUGUAAGGGUCAGGCUUUUGGGAGACGAUGAGUGCAAAGCUGACAGUAACAUUAGUAAUACUUGUAGUGUUAUGUGCCCUUGAAGAUGAGGCUGGCCUAGACCUGAACUUCAUGAAAUGUAUUAUAAUUCUCAAAACACUACCAUUUUUUUACUUUUACUGAUGGCAUUUCUUUACAUUGAAGGUUUUGUUUUACCAUGUUUGUACACUGCAUAAGAAAGUGAUGUCUUUGAGAUGCCACCUUACCAUUAAUAAUGUGACAGCUUUUAUCAUGUUAGCGUUGAAGAGAGAAGCUGGCUUUCAGCUUUGUUUUGUUCUGUCAAUUGAUGCUUUGACACUGAAGUAACUCACCUGCAGAUGCAUGUGUUGUAUAAUUGCAUCAAUCAGUUUGGUUCCUGUUUUCAUUAAUAAAUGUUAACUAUAUAGUUAAAUAACAACACAAUACCAGUGAGCUUAAGUGGUUGACAACAGCAUUUUGUAAUUUAACUGCUGGAUGUAAAGUUUAAAAAUUUAUAGUAAUUGUUACGAUUGUUUUUAAUUAAGAAUAAAUGACAGUUAUAUAU